CACCCUAUUUCCUCUUCCCUUGUAGUGGAUGACAGCCUGCAGAAAGCUAUAGUAAAUCAUAAAGACAGUCUGAUAAGGAGGUAUGAAUGUGUAAUAGAAGGCAUCGAAACAGCAGGGAACCAAACUCCCCUCAACAGGAUUUACACAGAGCUCUACAUCACAGAAGGCGAGAGUGAAGGGGUUAACAAUGAACAUGAGGUGUGGCAGCUAGAGACAGCACCCAGGACACCAACCUCACAUGACACAGUAAUCCACUGCAAUGACAUCUUUAAACCCUUACCUGGCCAAGAGAGAAGCAUCAGAACUGUGCUGACGAAGGGCAUCGCUGGCAUCGGAAAAACAGUCUCUGUGCAGAAGUUCAUCCUAGACUGGGCUGAAGGGAAGGCAAACCAAGAUGUGGAUAUCAUAUUUGUGCUUCCUUUCCGGGAGCUGAACUUGAUCAAAGAUCGUCAGUACAGUCUUCUCAGACUUUUAAAUGACUUCCACACAGAACUAGACAUAGGCAAUGCAAAGAAACUCACUGCCUGUAAAGCUAUGUUCAUCUUUGAUGGUUUGGAUGAAAGCAGACUUCCAUUGGAUUUCCAGCACAAUGAAAAGGUGUCUGAUGUCACCCAGACAUCAUCUGUUGAUGUUCUGCUGACAAACCUCAUCAAGGGGAAUCUGCUUCCCUCUGCUCUCCUAUGGAUAACCUCCCGACCAGCAGCAACCAAUCAGAUCCCCCCUCAGUGUGUUGACCAGGUGACAGAAGUACGAGGAUUCAGUGACCCACAGAAGGAGGAGUACUUCAGGAAGAGAUUCAGUGAUGAGGACCUGGCCAACAGAAUCAUCUCACACAUAAAGACAUCAAGGAGCCUCCACAUCAUGUGCCACAUGCCGGUGUUCUGUUGGAUUUCUGCAAUAGUCCUUGAACACAUGUUGAGUACAGACAAAAGAAUAGAGAUGCCCACGACUCUGACUGAGAUGUUCACACACUUCGUGCUCAUUCAGACCAGCCUGAAGAACCAGAAGCAUCAUGGAAGAGAUGAGAUGGAACAAGAGGAGCUCAUGGAGUCAGAUAAGGAAAUUCUUCUGAAGCUGGGGAGGCUGGCGUUUGAAAAUCUGGAGAAGGGUAAUCUCAUAUUCUAUGAAGAAGACCUGAACAUUUGCGGCAUUGAUGUCAAAGAGGCAUCACUGUACUCAGGAGUGUGCACACACAUCUUUAAAGAAGAGUCUGUGUUAUUUCAGAGAGUGGUGUACUGCUUUGUACAUCUAAGCAUUCAGGAGUUUCUCUCAGCUGUCUACAUGUACCAUUGUUACACAAGCAAGAACAUGGAUGCACUGAAGCCCUUCUUCAAGAGAAAGUCUGAAGAGCUAACCUUGCAUGAGCUGCUGAAGAGUACCGUGGAUAAAGCCUUGGAGAGUAAGAAUGGACACCUGGACCUUUUUGUUCGCUUCCUUCAUGGCAUGUCAGUGGAGUCCAAUCAGAAACUCCUACAAGGUCUGGUAACACAGACAGAAAGCAGUCCAGAGAGCGUCCAGAAAACAAUCCGAUCCCUUAAGGUGAUGCAGAGGAAGAACAUCUCCCCUGAGAGGUGGAUUAAUCUCUUCCACUGUCUGAUAGAGAUGAAAGACCAUUCAGUACAGGAGGAAAUCCAAGAGUACUUGAGGUCAGAGAAAAGAUCGAUAAACCUCACACUUGCUCAGUGUUCAGCGCUGGCCUACAUGCUGCAGAUAUCAGAGGAGGUUAUGGAUGUGUUUGACCUAAAAGAAUACAAGACAACACAGGAGGGUCGUAGGAGACUGCUCCCAGCUGUGAGGUGCCGCAGAAAGGCUCUACUCAAUGGCUGUAAACUCACAGACACAACCUGUGAAGUUUUGGCCAUAGUUCUCAGCUCAAACUCCUCAUAUCUGAGAGAGCUGGAUCUGAGUAACAAUGACCUGAAGGAUUCAGGAGUGAAGCUGCUCUCUGCUGGACUGGGGAAUCCCCACUGUAAACUGGAGACUCUGAGACUCACUGGUUGUAAACUCACAGACACAUCCUGUGAAGUUUUGGCCUCAGUUCUCAGCUCAAACUCCUCAUAUCUGAGAGAGCUGGAUCUGAGUAACAAUGACCUGAAGGAUUCAGGAGUGGAGCUGCUCUCUGCAGGACUAGGGAAUCCCCACUGUAAACUGGAGACUCUCAGGUUGUCACUCUGUGGAGUCACAGAGGAAGGCUGUGCUUCUCUGGUCUCAGCUCUGAGGUCAAACCCCUCACACCUGAGAGAGCUGGACCUGAGUAACAAUGACCUGAAGGAUUCAGGAGUGAAGCUGAUCUCUGCUGGACUGGGGAAUCCCCACUGUAAACUGAAGACUCUGAGGUCAGUAUUCCUGUAGUUGGUCAACAAGUGAUAACUGUUCACCAGAUCCACGUUAAGAAAGGGCCUAAAUACACAAUACAAUGACAAUUUGAUACCUCACCAUCUGACCUUUGACUGACAGUAUAUGGAGCCA